AUGGCAACCGUGGUCUUUGCCAGCAUUUAUGUUGUAGGGGCUUACAUAUCUCGCGCCCGAAAAAUGAGCAAAGAAGAGCAUCAAGGCCCUCGACUUACAAGGUCCAUGUCCAUAGCAGUCCUCCAUGGAGGGCAGCUUGCCUUGCAGAGAUUGUUUGAAUAUCACGAAGCUCGAGCUGACAAAUCUGCAGUGGAGAUUGCUGAAUGUGAGCUGAAGACUCACCUUGCAGAACAACACCCUGAUUACAAGAAGCUGCAGUCGGUUAUUGGGAAGCUUGAAAUGAGUGGGAAAGAAGCCCAAGCAGUUGAAAUAUUAAAGAAGGCAACAGCAAAGGCACGCAAUGAAGGAAGAAACCAUGAAGCAUAUGAAUACGAGAUGUUACUUGUAGAAAUGCUUAUAUACAAGGGAGAUUUUAAGGAGGCACUCGGCUGUGAAUGCUUGAGACAUGCUGAGAUUUCGGAUGCACGGCGUCCGCUGUUCAAGGCUAUCGUUCACAUCAUAGAGUGCAACAAGAAUGAAGGGACAAAAUAUUGGAGAGAAUUUAACAAUCUAAAAGAAGAAUUCCACUGUCUACCGAGUAUAAAAGAAAGCAUGGAAGAAUGCCAACUCCAUAAACUCAGUACAAAUUUCAACGAGUUUGAGAAGGUCGUCCACAUGCUCAAAAAGGACAUAAUAGAGGUACAAGCAAAAAGAAACAAGAAAUAA